CACACCAGAAGUUGACUGCCAACUGCGAAAAAGAAGAAGAAAAGGAAGCCGCUUGAAAAAACAAGUGGGAAGAUCAGGAUCAAAUCAGGAGCGUGUAAAUAGAAGACAACCGAGUUCGGGUUUGUCGCUGUACUCGGGUUUCUCGCGAUGUUUGUCAGGCGUGUUGCCAAAGUGUGCCGUUCAGGCUUAAAAAAUGUGUCGAGUGAGGUACGACUUUUGCCGUCAGUUGCUGUGAGACUCCAGCACAGUGAUGCCCAGGAGCUCCCUUCCAUCCGUCUGGAAACAUCCAGUGCAAAGAACUUGAUGGACAUCGGGACUCGACGGAUUUUCAACGCGGAUCAUGACAUCUUUCGGCAGAGUGUGCGGCGUUUCUUCCAAGAGGAGGUGGUGCCCCAUCACAAGGAAUGGGAGAAAGCAGGCCAGGUGAGCAGGGAGGUGUGGGAAAAGGCUGGUGAGCAAGGCUUGCUGGGAGUUAUGGUGCCAGAGAAGUGCGGCGGAAUCGGCGGGGACCUGUUCUCAGCCGCCAUCACGUGGGAGGAGCAGAUGUACUCCAACUGUUCAGGCCCGGGUUUUGCGCUUCACUCCGACAUCGUCAUGCCCUACAUCAUCAACUAUGGCACGAAGGAGCAGAUGGAACGCUUCAUACCGGAGAUGACUUCAGGGAAAUGCAUCUGUGCCAUUGCCAUGACCGAGCCAGGAGCAGGCAGUGACCUCCAAGGUGUGCGGACAUAUGCCAAGCGGGAUGGCAGCGACUGGAUCCUGAAUGGCAACAAGGUGUUCAUCACCAACGGCUGGAUGGCUGACCUGGUGGUGGUGGUGGCCGUGACCAACCGUGAGGCAAAGACGGCAGCGCAUGGCAUCAGCCUCUUCCUGCUGGAGGAUGGCAUGAAAGGCUUCCACAAAGGCAGCAAGCUGGAGAAGCUCGGCCUUAAGGCGCAGGACACGGCUGAACUGUUCUUUGAGGACGUCCGGCUCCCGGCUGACGCACUAUUGGGCGGAAUCAACAAGGGGUUCUACUACCUGAUGAACGAGCUGCCGCAGGAACGUCUGGUGAUUGCAGACAUGGCCAUCGCCAGCUGUGAGUUCAUGUUCGAGGAAACCAGGAGCUACGUGUUGCAGAGGAAAGCGUUUGGGAAGACCAUCUCUCACCUGCAGACCGUACAGCACAAACUGGCCGAGCUAAAGACGGAGAUCUGUGUGGGCAGAGCGUUCGUUGACAGCUGCCUUCAGCUACACGCCAAGCGACGUCUCGACCCCUCCACUGCUUCCAUGGCCAAGUAUUGGGCGUCUGAUCUGCAGAACAAGGUGGCCACGCAGUGCCUGCAGCUCCACGGGGGCUGGGGCUAUAUGUGGGAGUACCCCAUCGCUAAGGCAUUUGUGGACUCCCGUAUUCAGCCCAUCUAUGGAGGAACCAAUGAGAUCAUGAAAGAGCUCAUCGCCAGAACCAUUGUCAGCCAGCAGUGAAACAGAUGCUCACCACCAUUGACAAUGACAUUCAAUCUGUUUACAGCUCCAGCUUAGUGCCAAUAUGUGACAAUUAGACACCUGAUGUGUUUGAACAUCCUAAACAAGCAUGUCAAAGUAGACGUGGAGGGUUUCACUGGGCGAAAAGCAAAAAAUAAGAAGAAGAAAUAUGUAAUUAAAGAGGCAAAGGCAAAUAAAAAAAAUUAAAUGUAUGUAAUAAUUGAAAAAAUGUAAAUUACCAAUGAGGAACUAGGGGUUGCCUGUGGACAGGAAGAGAUAUAUUUGGAUAUUUGUGUUUUAGUUCUUACGGGCAUUUUUUUUGCAUGAAAAUACUUAACUUAAAUUGCGUGGAUGUGCAUAUUUUUUGACUAAUAGGACAUAUUCGAAGAGCGUUUCCAUUCAUACAUUAGAAAGUAAAUUUGAAAACAAGAUAUUCUGGGAAGCUGUAGGAAAUAAUGGAAUUGUCUCUUACUAACUGUGCAGGCAAAACAUGUUGGCAAUAGUGGCCUUGCAAGUGUAGAAAUAUGACCUCUGUUAGUA